AAAUUUCAAACGUACCUAUUCGCUUUUACCUAACUUAACAAGCUAGACGAAUGUUUUAAAAAAUGUAACGUUAAAUUACUCGUUUUGACCUAAUUGAACAAACGAAAAAGAUGAAAUUGAUAAUUUUGUAUUUAAUCGGUAUCGUUGCUAGCGGUAGAUGUAUCGAUAUUGGAGAUUUUGACAAAUACACCGAAGACGAAUUAAAGGAUAUUUAUGGCGAGGUGGUUCACGCUUCUGUGUUAUUUAGACACGGUGAUAGGACACCUUAUGCUCCUUAUCCAUUGGAUCCUUAUAAAAACUAUGUUUGGUCACAAGGAUAUGGUCAUUUGACCAAUAUUGGAAAAGAGCGAUUGUACAGAGUAGGUAAAUGGUUCAGAAAAAGAUACGAGCACUUGGUACGCGAAAAAUACACUUACGAGGAUGUCUUGAUGCAAAGUUCUGAUUACGAUAGAACUUUAAUGAGUGCCGCAGCAUUUCUGGCUGGAUUUUACCCUCCUAGUAAUUCAGAGCUUUGGAAUAGUGAUAAUAUUACUUGGCAACCGAUUCCUAUUCAUUCAAUUCCUUUGGAAUACGAUAGUAUGAUAUCCAUGUACAGGCCAUGUGACGCUUACAAUCAAGAAGCACUCACCGCUAAUUACGCUAUAAAAUAUAAAGAAAUGUUUAAAAAAUACGAGAUAUUUUUUAAUUUUGUCGGAGUUAAUACUGGUAUCAUAUUCUCCGAACAUUAUCUAGGUUUUGCUUUCCUUAAAUUAAUGGAGGUUUACGACUCAUUAGCAGUACAAAGCCAGCACAAUCUAACGUUACCAGACUGGGCAGAAGAAGUAUUCCCUCAGCCAAUGGAGUACUUGGCUCUCAGGAUAUUUGACUUUGGCACAUAUUCACUUAAAAUGAAAAGAAUCAAAGCAGGACCAUUUUUGAAAUCAAUCAAAGCCGAUAUGAACAAAAAAGCUCAAGAUAAUUUGGAACAAAAGAUACAUUUUUACUCGGGUCACGACGCCACUAUAACCACCGUGAUGAAUACUUUGGAAAUUUCCAACGAUAUUCUACCUCCUUAUGGUUCAGCUCUUAUGUUCGAGUUGAGGAAAAAACAUACAGAGUAUUUUGUAACGAUACUAUACAGAAACAGUACCGAAUACCCUCCCUUCUUGCUGCAAUUAAAAAAUUGCAAUACGUUCUGCACUUUACAAGAAUUCAUUAAUGUGAUCAAUACAUUCAUCCCAGAAGAUUGGGAAAAAGAAUGUAAGAUUGAAGUCGGUUACACUUCCUCGUACUUUUCUUCCUGGCCCUUCGACUGGGUUCAAACUUUGAUGCUGUUUUUCGUAAUUUUAUUUCUAGUUUCAACGAUUCUUUAUUUCCAUUAUGAAAGGAAUCCACAAAUUUACAUGAAUAUGUUUGGUAAAACUAAAAAUAAGGAAAUGUAGGUAGGUAAUAUGAAUGUCUUCACUUUUUUAAACAAAUUUUGUGAAGUAUUCAAGUACCUACCUAUUAGCAUUAAGCAUAAGAAUUUUUUUGAUUACAAAUUUCGUGAAAAAGAGUGUAAAAUGCAAAAUGAUCGGGAAAAAGUAAUCUAAACAAAACUCAAAUUGCAUAAAUAUUUUUAUAAAUAAAGUUAUCAAGUAGGCCUAUUUUUCUUUUCAAAAAAAAAAGAAUAAGUAAUAGAAAAGAAAAUACGAGUAAAAAAAAGUUGUACUUUAAACUAAGAAAAAAACCAUUCAACUGAUUAAAAAUACUUACGAACGGAAAAGUAAUGCUUGGAUAUUGUUUUUAUGACAAAACUAACUGAGAGACCCUGAUAACAGGGAGAAGGACUUGACUCUUUUUAUCAUCAGAAAAUAAAUAGGUGCGAUGUAGUUUCACUUUCAAUUUUUUUAUUUUACUGUUGAUGUAAAGUUGGAAAUAAAAAAGGUUUUUUUUUUAAA